AUGGAGAAUCACCGAGAAAGGCAUUGUGAAUUCUCGAGUCGGAAAUUCACAGAGCGACGGCGGAAGACGGAAUCCCAGAAAGCUAAACGAAAGAAAACGGCAGCUGUAUCGUCUUCUCUGACUGCAGUAGAGAAUGGCGCGCACUGGGCGAUAUGGGUCGCAGAUCGGUUAAGUGUUAGACGGCCCAAUUCAGCCUUUGAGCCCAAUUUGAAAGCCCAAUCUAUUUCCUUUCGUCUAUUCCCUAAUCCCUACGCCUUCACCCUCCUCAACGAAUUACAGACGACGAUGGCAAUGGCGAAAUGGUGGCGCGGCGAGGAAUCAGAGCGGCGGCGAAAUUCCAUCCGCCGGUGUGUAUUUAUGCACUCCCUGAUUUCUCCUCACCGCACGAUCCAAGCGAUUCCUCUCGAUGCCACGGCGAGCCGAGUCGCCGAACGAGACAGGACAAAAAAGGUAGGAUUCCGGCGAUGGUUCUCUCCCGAGAUCUGCUCGAUCCUCCGCCUCCAGGAAGCGGUUGUUGACGACGGAGAAGAAGCAAAAUGCAAGCCAUCCUUGAUUCGGUGGAAUCACCUUUCGUUAUUCAGAUUGGAAUUGCUGAUCCAAUUGCUGCAGUUGAAGCUCUCGAUGCAACUGUUGGUCAAGGACUCAAAGCGUCGUCGAUCUGAUGACUUUAACAGCCAGCAGUUCUGGGUGACACAUCUGCUCCUGUUGGAAUUGAUGACGACGGGCUUCCAGCUCCUUAUGUCAAAUAUUGUAGCUAAUCUUGAGAACCAUGAGAAAGCUGUCCUUUCUGUUGCGAAUGCUCGUACCGGUGCGACCGACCUAGUGGCUAAUCUCAGCAAUUGUACCAACAUUGGAGCUGUCAUUGAACUGAUAAUGAGAUAUGCUAAAACUAUUGAGGAAUUGAGGGGAUGCCUUCAAUCGGAGGCCAUGUUGAAUCACAUGCCACCCAUAGAUCACGAUUCGAAGUCCUCAACUGAACUACAGCUUAGUUAGUAGAACUUUAUCCUUCCGGAUUCGGGGCAGGAGGUCCUGCACUUGCAUUACCAGGCAGUUCAACAUCAGAAGCAGGAGUAGGAGCAGUUCCUAUACCAACAUUAACAGCUUGUCCACCAGGAUUUCCUUCGUCAUCAUCAAGUCUAACCAACACAUCAGCAUGAACAGUUGGCGAGGGUGGUUCAUACUGAUGAAGUGCCCUCAGAGUAUCCAAGGCUUCUGAUGUUGAACUACCUGGUAAUGCAAGUGCAGGACCUCCUGCCCCGAAUCCGGAAGGAUAAAGUUGUACUAACUAAGCUGUAGUUCAGUUGAGGACUUCGAAUCGCGAUCUAUGGGUGGCAUGUGAUUCAGAUGAAGGUGAUACAGCUGCUCGUUUUGGAAAUGACCUGCCCUGGACAUGGAAGGAUCAGUUCACGUUACUAUGUUGUUUGAUUCAGUUGAGGAUAUAGAAUUUUGAACUUACGAUGCAUUUGAUCAUCUAUCUUUGCCUCAGCUGGCAUGUGAUACUCGAUACUGGUAACUGGAAUUCCUAUGGUAAUGCGUAACCACUCG